AUGGCGGAAGAAAAUUCACGCGAGCCGACAACAACAACAAACUCAAAAAACAACAGCAGUGGCAACAAACUCGCGAAACUAUUCAGAAGUGUAAGAAAAUCAUCAACCUCAUCACAGUCGAGCGUCAUCGUCGAAGACGAUUCGGACGACGAAAUCGCCGACGACUACCACAAAAUCGCAGCCACAGCUAACCACCUACAGCCAAAAACGUCAAAAAGCUCGAUCAGCUCGACCGGCGAUGGUAUGACUCGAUACGACUCGACUACGAGUUUAAACAGCAUAACGGGUCCAUUAAGAAAGUCAAUAAAAAAUUUCAUGCACAUUCGGAAAUCUUCGGAUAAAAUAAACAAAGACGGCCAGCCUAACAAGGAUGUCAUAAUAAACAAAGAUGGUGGCCGUGGUAAUAGUAGUAGUUAUUCGGAUUUGCCGCCAAUUUCUUCGCGGUUUUUUAAUAGAAAGUCUGCAAAUAUAGAGGACGACAGGCUCGACACAGUCAGCCUGAAAUCAUCUUCCAAGAAGUGCUCGUUCUUUUCAAACAAGGGCGACAAUGGGCACUCGAUAAUGAGCAAGCUAAACCCGUUCGUCAACAGACACAACAACAGCAACAACAGCAACAACAACAAUAAUAAGCAUAAGAAAGAUUCAAGCCUUGGCGACAGGUCGGCAAUUUCUCGUCUGCUAACCACCACAACAAGACUCAGCCUCUCUGAAUAUGAUGAAAUGUUAAUUAAAUGUCAUGUUCUAAUGUUCUAUACCAAGCCAAGCCACGUAAAUUGA